AUCCCCUUCAUUCAUUGUCCGCUUCCUGGAGCCAUUUUUGAGCGCCUACGAAGAAGUUCGCUUCUUCAUAUUUAAUCGUUUCCAUCUGCUGCUUUUGCGCGCCGAUAUUACAACGUCUUGGCGAUCACAGGUCCGCGAGGGUCUCCUCUCUCGGCAUUGGGGUCUAUUUUUGGUGUUUGGUUGUUGAAUUUGCAGAAAAAGGUUCAUAAACAAAAGCGACCGCGCAGGAGAGUUGGAGUGUGUUGAAGAUGAAGAAGGAGCUGUCCUCGGCCCCACACAGGGCGAUGAUAUCGGGACUUGGCGGCUCUACACUGGAGCAGAACGGCGGGCUGUACAGCGCUUCAGAUCGCCGUGGUGUAUCGUAUUCUUCAGGCACUUACAUUCAGAUGAUCACCUCGCCGUCGUACGCUGCACAGUCCGCUGAAGUCCGGGUGUCGGAGUCCUCCGCGGGCAGCUUGUACACAACCCCACUCCAGGGGCCUUCAGUCGGGGCAGAGCUCCGAGCCGCCGCCGGGCGUUCUCUGGUUAAGCGGCGUUUAGAGCUGGACACUGUGGAGCACCAAUACAGUGAACCAGCUAGGAUGCCCAGGGGUCGCAGAGUAGCUAUUCGAAUGAAGAGUCCCAAAGCUCCUAAAACUCCUCCAGAGAAGACACGCUAUGAUACGUCCUUGGGUCUCCUGACAAAGAAGUUCUGUCAGCUGUUGGCUCGGUCUUCAGACGGAGUGCUGGACCUGAACCGGGCUGCUGACUUGCUCAACGUCCAGAAGAGGCGACUGUACGAUAUCACCAAUGUGCUGGAAGGUGUGCAUCUCAUCAAAAAGAAGUCAAAGAACAACAUCCAGUGGCUGGGAUCAACCCUGCCAUCUGAUGCAGGGCAGCUCACUAUGCCCCCAUUGCAGACUUUGAGCAGAGAGAUGAUUGCCCUCAGAGAUGAAGAGAGACGACUAGACGAGCUCAUUCAGGCCUGCUCUAACAAUGUCCAGCAGAUGACUGAGGAGACGCACAACCAAAAAUAUGCUUAUGUCACGUAUCAAGACAUCCGAAGAAUCAAAAGUUUGCAGGAUCAGACUGUAAUUGCUGUUAAAGCUCCAUCAGAAACCAAGCUGGAGGUGCCUGACCCAAAGGAGAGUUUGCAGGUCCAUUUGAGCAGCUCGAAAGGCCCCAUUGAUGUGUUCCUCUGCACAGACCCCAGUGGUCCUGGCAGUGCGCUGGACAAUGGCGUGGAUGUAAAUGGAAAUGACACAGCCUUCCUCAGAGUAUCCAAAGAAGGUGCAAACUCUGAUGUGAUGGAUUCUGCCCAGGUAACCAGCACCUGCACUAGUGCUCCAGUUAAUGGGAAUUCUGCACAGACUGGAAACAUGUCUCCACUUAGCUCAUCACUGUCCUCCAUCCUCCAGCAGCCCAUGGAGAUGGUACCUUUUGUAUCUCUUUCACCUGCUUUACUCAGUGAGGACUACAUGCUGGGUCUGGAUGAUGAGCAGGGCAUAAGUGAUCUUUUUGACUCGUGUGACUUGGAUAUGCUGCCUCUGGAUGACCUGCUGAUGGUAUGAGCUCUGCUGGAGUUGGCAGGUGAAUAUGGAGGGUAGGAACUGUUCACAGAUGGAAUUUACCAAUGAGUGUCUUCAGUGGAAAUGGACUUGUGUGGGGUUUUCUGCCCAUUUUGGAUGGCCUAUUACCUGUUUGUGUGAUGUGACUCCACGCAUCCUUUUUUUCUUUUUAUGAAUUCCCUUACAAAGAUCAAGAAUCUUAAAUCUAAGAUGCAUGGAAUUGUUAAUGGUCUUAAUCUGUGAAGUUAAAGCCCCCAAAACGUCACAAAAAGACCUUAUUUAUUUGACUUUUUUCUUUCACAGUGAUCAUUGUCAAUAUUGUAAGGCUGGUGAAUUUGCACAAAUUCACAUGGCUGUUUGUAUGUUUACAAGUUAACCAUUCAAGUUUAUAGUUGGUUAUUUACCACAUGACCAUGUCUGGCUGGUGGUUGCAUUUAUGGAAAAUUGUUUAGCAAUAUAACUUGCAUACUAACAGUACCUAAUCCAGAAACACUACCAUCUGGCUUAGCAGAACUGUAAAAGUUACUUUAGAAAAUACAUUGUGGGUGUAUUCUUGUAAUACUAAAAUGUAAUGUGCUUGAAAGUUCACAGCAGAGGAUUGUACAAAUGAAUUUAUAUACUGUGCUUUAGCUGCAUUACUCACUUUCUCAGGGUCAUCACCAGUGCUCCCUUUUUCACACAAGCAGUGUGCUAAUUUUAUAUUAAAUAAUGCUAUUUAAGAGCCCUUAGUCAUUAUAAAGCUUUAGGACUAUUGCAUAAUGUUCCAAAUAUAAAUUUCCCAACAUGCAAUUGUCAUGUGUAUAUAGAUUAUGUACUGUCUCAUGCAACAUUUGAAAUCCAUUUUGAAAAGCAUUAUGCUAAGUUAAAGUAAUGGGGAGGGUAAUGCGGUGUUUUUGUUUUGAAAUGCUUAAACCUUGACUAAUACUCUACACUCAAACAUGCUUAACAAACAUGUAAAUGACUUGAACAAGUUUGGCUGUUAGACUAAAGUGUAUGGUGCUACUUAUUGGCAGCUUAUAUGGUUAUAUACUGUACUUUUACCCUGGUCUUGGUGAGGGGCUUGGGAGAGUUUUGAUUAGUGUGGUGGCAUUUCUUGUUGGUGUGUUUUUUUUUUUUUUUUUUUCCCCCAAUUAAUUGUGCUGAAUUUUGUAAACCUAACUCUCUCUGACUGGAUUUCUCAUUUUGGAGAGCUAACGUGGACUGUUUGUUGUCUUCCAUGGGCUGUGAUUAAUAAACAAAAUGAAUGAACGAAUGAAUGAAUAAAUAAAUGUUCUAAAUUAAAUGAGGUCUGCUGAAGCAGAUCAGCCACUAUACCAGCCUGAACUUGUAUCAAGGACCACUGGUUGAACGGUACUGUUGGACUGCCUUUUAAGGUAAAGAAUGUAGCUUCGACUAGCUCGGUGUACUAAUUAAAUGGACUUGGUGCUAUUGUUUUUUUUUGUUUUGUUUUGUUUUUUUCCCUCUUCCCUUUACACUCCAAUGAAGGAAAUUUGUUUUUUUUUUUUUUUUGUUUGUUUUUUUCAAUAUUAGCCAAAGCUUGUUCCACAGCAUUUUUCCACUGCAUAAUUUCCCGUAACAUUGGAAAUGCCUUGUAUGCUACUUUGUCCUUCCUUGACCUUUUGUUUGUUUUCUGUGAUGUGUUCGAGUUUGAAUGUGCCAGUGGGAAGCCAGCAGAGUUUUCAGUAAGCUUUUACAAAUUGAGGACAAAUGCAGAUAAAUCAGGUUUGGGCCAAAAUUCCCUUAUUGGACUCCCCAUCUCAAUAUCUUGCUUCAGUGUGCAAGCAGGCCUGUUUUUGUGAAGCUGUUUUGUAUUUGGUGUGGUCUGUACAUAGUGUUGCAAACUGUUUUUAAUAAAGUUUUGAAUGCUU